CAAAAGUACAAAAAUAAUGGGGUAAAGGUACGACCUUCCAGUGCUCUUCUUCCAGCCGAAACAAACAAUUAACACACAAUUAAUUAGUGAAAAUUAAGAUGAAGGUGACACCUUCGUGUGUUCUGUAUGGUUCUGUAUGGACUUUAUUAGACAUGUAUUGUCUAUGUAUUACCAACAGGAACACAGGUAACAGGUCCCACCUUUCAUUUCUGUCACACUAUACCCUCCAUUGUCUCUGGUCUCCUAUGGUCGCUAUAAUUUGGCACACAAAUUCUAAUAGACCAUUGUUUUGUUUUCUCUUUCUGGUUUUGUUCCACUGAAUCCAUUGUGUUGGUAACCCGAUAACUUGUGUUGUGUGUCAAUCGACUUGAGUAGGUAUUGAACUAGAAAACAACUUUUCACCUUGUUACUGUUCAGUUCUAUCAUUGCAUGUCUAGUGGAUUAAUAUAAAAAUGAGUAAAUUACCUAUGGCGAAUUACAAAUCAAAGGUCUCCUCACUGCAGCAACAUCUUGGAGAUCUUUUGACACAAAAGAAGUCCCUUCAUUCCAGAGUUGUGGCGGAGGAAUUUGAGAAAUUUAAAUUAACUGCAAGUAGGGUUAUGAGUGGUGAUGCAACGCCAGCUGACGUUAGACAAACUCUAAUUGGUCUGGAGAAGGCAUUGAAAAAGGAAGGACUUUUCAAAAACGUCAAAUCGGGAUUCACUCAUCUUAAGAAAGAGUUUUUAUCCAACUCCACAAACAAGACAAUCAGUAAGCCUCCAUCAGAUCCACUGGUAGAGAGACCUAAAAGAUCCACCACUUCUGUGAUCGGGGACACAAAGCGAGAAGCAGAAAAGAGACGAAUCCAGGCGGUAGGUGUGGGCAAUGAUGAAGUGAAGAAUCUGAAUAAAGCGGUUGGACGACUGUUUGAUCACCUUCGAAUACAGAAACUGUCAGAAAUAGCCCGCGAAAGUACCGGCAUCACACAUGGACGCUCACCAACGACACUGGCGAAGAAAACAGACGAAUCAGAUGAUUUCAAGGAGAUAAUUAAGAAGGUUCGGGGUCUGGAGAAUGAACUUCUGAGACAAAAGGCAUCACAAACUUCAGAAUUAAAAAGAUUGAGUGACGAAAACAAGGGACUGAGGAAUACAAUAACAGAGUUACGAAAGGAACAAGAAAAGUUAAAGGGACUACAACCCAUUACAAAGGCAGCCAAGGACAGACAAGUAGAGAAACUAGAGGAACAGUACAAUAAACAGAAGCGGGGAAUGGAGGGAAAGAUCGUGGAACUGGAGUCAGAGCUGCAGGAAAAUCUCAAUACAACAUUACGAGAGAAAGCUGAACUAGAGCAGAUGAUAGUCGAUGGCGUAUCAAAACUGAAAACCUCGAUUACGUCAUUGCACAGAAGAAUUUGUGGAGAAAAACCCGAGAGGACUACCACCACUCUGACGCUAGAUGGCGUGACGGACGAGAAGAAGAGCAUCGACAUCCUCCUCCACAAGAUCACGCAGAUAGAGGAGAGCGCCAAACUGUUGGAGGAGAAGAACAGCAAACUGGGAAUAAUUCUAAUUGAGAAAGAUGACGAAAUUGGUAAGCUGAGGAACUCCCUGCUAGAAAUUUCGGAGGAGGUUAGCAAGAUGCAUGGAUCCAUAACAACUCUGGACAAAACUUCAAGACCUUCAAAGAAUGAGAAAACCACUUCCGGUGAAAUGGACACUCAUGAGACAAAGACUGUACUUACCAAGUUACAGCAUGUCAACACAAGUAUACAGCAGUACAAACGGAUUCUGCAAGAAAAAGAGAAAAGCACAGUUAAUCCUAAAAACAAUGAUGACUUAAUCCCACUAAAACAACAGAUUAAUAAACUGUACGAAGACUUCGUGAAAGAUAAUCCAACGGUGAUUGAUGCUGCAGAAAAAUCAUCACGUGAUGAUUCUCCCAAGACCCAUCGUGAGAGAUCAAACGAAAUCAAUCAACUCUUACAAAAACUUAGUCGGGUUGAGAAAGCUUGUAACGCCCUCAAACAACAGAACGAGCCUCCUGAUAUGUGAACAGAUUUCACGAUUAUCCAACUUUGCAAGCACAAAUCUGAACAACUUAUUAAAAACAGAUUUUCAUAUCAAUCACGAUUUUGUUCAAACAAGACGCUGCGUAAAGUCCAUUUAAGAACUUAGUAUGGUCGACUUGGUAUUUAUUUGUGCUAAUAAUUGCGCAGAGCUUUUGUUGUUUUAGCUAAAAAAGACCAAUUUUGAGUUCUAAGUUAAAAAAAAGAUCAUUGUUCAAGUACACUUUUUAAUGAUCUAUAAAGUUUUCAUGUGUUCUACUUUUUUAUUGUCAUCUAUUACAUUAUGUUCACUAUUUUUUUUCAUUCAUUACUUUUGCCGGAUUUAUUGUAAAUUGCCUUUUAACAAUUGUUAUCUUUUAUAAAGAACAAUAUUCAUAAAGAACGAGGCAAAUUGUAAAGAUAAACUCGGUGAUGUUGAUACUUUUGAUGUGUUUGUGUAUAUUUUUUUUUUAGACAACAGCUCGGUAGCUGGCUUUUUCCUGACAAUGAUAAUUUAGUCUGAAACGCAGUAUAUAUCUCUCAGCAGACUCUAGUUAUGGUUAUGUUUUUUAUGAAGAAUCACAUUUAUUUUGAAGCAAUGUAAUACUUGUAAAAUUAAAAAAGGUGAAACUUUU